AUGGACAUGGACGAAGUCGCAGUCGAUGCUGGCUGGCGCGAGGACCCUUCCCCCGGGAAUGAGGCUCAAGAAAAAUACCAAUGUUCGCGAUGUCCCAGCAGCUUCAAGAGACCCGAGCAUCUAAAGAGGCAUCAACGAAGCCACGACGGCCACAAGCCGUUCAUGUGCUCUAUCUGCUUGAAACGUUUCUUCAGGAGUGACAUCCUGACCCGACAUGAACUGAUGCAUGUUGCGGCCCAAAGAACUAAUCACACCGUCAGCCGCAAACGAGCGUGUACGGAAUGCGCGAGAGCUAGAGAAAGAUGUUCUAGGGACGAGCCUUGCCUAAGAUGUUCGACGAAAUCUCUUCAGUGUCUGUAUCCCGACGACGCAGGGCAGAAAUCGCAUUCCUUCGGAAGCGAUGCUCAGGGGUCUGCUAGAAUCGAACACGGACAAUUCGAAGACCAUCUCCAGCUAGCACCGCAACAUCCGCCAAUACUUCCAAAACAAGAAGGGUUCAUGCCAUCGUCAAAUCCGAUGCACAGGCUAUCCUUCAACGAGGACGACACGCCUCUCCGUGACUUCACGAAUACGCUUAGAUCCCCAGCUACCGCCAGUACCUCGUCUUACUCCUUAGACCCGUACGGAAGCAACGCUUUCAACGCAGACGCAUCAGGCAUCUCGCUCAGUGGUAUAGGGGGCGAGUCCACCACCUUCGCACAACCGAAACCCCUCGCACCAAACCAACGCGUCUCCCUCUUCGACCCACCGGCAACCUCCCCCUUCACUCUCCCCCGCAUCCACAACGCCCUCGGAGACUACCACACCAGUCUCCCCAGCGACCCAUCCUCCUCCGCCUCCUUCGACUUCUCCCCCUCAUCAAUGAAUCCCUCCUCCUCGCACUCCCACCCCCAACCACAAGACCCCUUCUCCACCCUCCCCACCAACGAAAACGACAUCGAGGCCGCCCCGAGAGGCCUUCUCACGCUGUCGGAUUUCGGAAACAGACCUAUUAAUCUGAAGGAGUACGAGUUGAUCGCGGGACAGUUCAAGGAGUUGAGGCUGGGCGAUGCGGCGGUCCGGUGUGCGGGGAAUAAUAAUAUCUCGGAGAGCCAGCGGACGGCGCAGCAUGAGCUUUUUGUUAAGCUUUAUUAUGAGAGGUUUGAGAGGUCGGCUUAUUGA